GGAGGCGGCCAUCCCAAUUGGGAAGUGAGCGCUAGUUAGCGUGGGAGCCUCAGAAUCUGUUCCGCUGUAAUUUCGGGCUAGCACUCUUAUGCUCUACAAACGUUUCAGCACCCAAGUCGUCUAGAUGAGAAUAGCUUCUGGUUGUAUUCAUUGGAGUCUAGCUUUAUAGCGUUGAUGCCUUGUUUUUCCAGUUCGAAAGUUCAUCCCCAUUGGGACCUCCCUACAACCUAUGGCGUGCGACGUGUUCUCCAACGCGCAGCGCUGGAUGAUAAUAAUUAUUCUGCUCGAUGGAUGUGCGCUUUGAAUGCGGGAUAUCUCGUUGAAUCCGUCUCAAGGAACACUCUCCAGGUGUUGUGCAUAAUAAUAUCCUUCUCAGGAUCGGUGGUGCUAGAUCUGGAAGCCAAGUUUGACAGAUUGACCCGAGCAACCCAAUUGCCAGUAUAUCUUUAGACCCGCUACUCAUGGCAAUGAUACGGUUUCGUACGUUGACUUACUUUCUCAUCUACCUAUCUGACACAGACAUGGCGAAUGUUGUCGACACGAGUUUGUGCACCUCCAAUCUGUGUGGUUGGAAGGUCCCUCAGGAGCUUAUUGACAGCAUAAUUGACGAGCUCCACGAGGAUGUCGCCGCAUUGCGAGCCUGCGCACUAGUCUCAAGUGCCUGGCUUCUUCGCAGCCGCCGGGGUCUUUUCCACUCCCUUACUCUCAUUUGCGAUGCACAUACCAAGGACAUUCACGAGUUCAUCAGGUUUCUUCGUUCGUCAUACCCUGUUGGAGCCUGUGUUCGGCACCUCGAUAUGCGGUCGUGCAAUACUACGUUAAGAGCGGUACAUGAUCCGUUCGCGCCUCCUCCGCGUUUGGUCCCGCAGGGUACGGUGGCCCUGGAGUGCAUAAAGGACGUUGUCGCAUUGCUACCUAACCUAUUGACUCUGAUGCUAGUUGGGCUGAGGUGGCGAGAAGUGUACGAAACACUUGGAAUGUUCCACAAGCACAACCUCCAAAAACUCAUUAUCUCAGACGUGACAUCCGAGUUGGUGGACAACGUGCUAUCUCCAGCUGCAAUUGCGCAGCUUAUUGACCUCUUUCCGUUCCUACAAGUGCUGGAGUUGUCCAAUAUAUGGAUCAUCCAUCAACCUUACGCUGCACCUUCCAUCGUCACAUUCCUCGCCCCAGAGACCUUGAUAGUUUCGGAUCACCUUCAUUUUAAGUACAUUUUGAUCGAAGCUGUCCGAUAUCUUCGCAUUCUAUCGUCUAUCGAUGGAACCAUAUCAGCCGUGUUGGAUUCGAGGCAAUUGCAGCCCUCAAAUAUAACGACUCUGGAAGUCGGCACGAAUACCGAAUUCCGACUUCCCACAGACGCGAGCACCAAGUUGGCUGCAUCUUUACGGUCACAUCCCAAUCUGCAGACUCUAGUUUUUCGCCCGUACGACGAGGUCAAGUGUGCGGCCAAAAAGGAACCCUUACACCCCAGGCAGAUUUUAACGUUCUGUCAAAAUGCCUUCGACAUAAUCACCUGCGGACCUCCGGCCUUGUGUCAUGCCAUCUUGAUUUUAUCCGCUGAAUACCGCAGGGGUAUGCGGGUGCAGCAUUGGCCAAAUCUGAAGGUCAUGGCUGGUCUACCUGCCAACGUACAAGUGCUGGUUUGUGAGGCCGGGAACGCUAAGACGUUUUCUGCUCGUUGCGAUUGCGCAACUCAGUGGACUUUGGUGGGACGAGUCGAGCGAGAGGAGGGUGCCGUUGUAUUCAGACGAGUAGCUGAAGAUUUGACAUCCUCAGUCAUUGGGGGCUUGGGAUGAGGAAGGCGAUACUUGUUGCAAAUUGGCCUUGUUAUAUCUAAAUGCUAAGUGUGGUUUAUUAUUAUAGUUCAGGUCAGUUUCCACACUACACGAACUUCAUGGCUAUUCCUUCCGGAGCGGAAUCGGCCCGAAUGGACGAUGAGGAAUCCAAUUAUUAGAAAAGCUCCCAAGCAAUGCGGUGGACAUUAUCUUUGUAUUUUAAAAACUGCAUACACUGGCGUCCAUUUGUCGUUUGGCGAAUACGAGGGUAUAAUGCACAGUAUUCUGGCCUCUGGGGCGUAAUAUCGUAGCAUACCGACUGAUCUAUUGAAGAGCUUCUCCUCUCG